AAUAUAAAGUUGUGAACAAGAUCUAUACAAAUAAAUACUAAACUUGUUGAGCCAAUUGAGUUCACAUAACAUAAAAGUUUAAGAAAAAAAAAUAAGAUGACCAUGGAAGAGAGCUUAUUAUUAAAGAAUAAUGUUCAUGAAGAACAAAGAGACAUUAAUGGUGAUAUUGAGAUUGAAAAUAAGAUUGUUGUGACAUUAUUGAAUUGGAAGGUUUUUUUUGAAGAAGUGAAGAGAUUAGGGUUCUUAGGAGGACCUCUUGUGAUAGUGGUUUUAUCUCAAUUUCUAUUACAAGUUAUUUCAAUUAUGAUGGUUGGUCACCUUGGUGAGCUCGCUCUUUCAAGCUCAGCCAUAGCCAUCUCACUUUCCGGGGUCACUGGUUUUAGUGUUCUUAUGGGUAUGGCAAGUGGACUAGAGACCAUAUGUGGUCAAGCAUAUGGAGCUAAGCAAUACAAGAAACUUGGGCUUCAAACUUACACUGCAAUAUUUUGUUUGUUCUUGGUUUGUAUACCAAUUUCUUUAAUUUGGAUUUUCAUGGGAAAAAUACUUGUUUUCAUUGGUCAAGACCCUCAAAUUUCUCAUGAAGCUGGAAAAUUCAUAAUAUGGCUUAUUCCAGCUCUAUUUGCAUAUGCAAUUCUUCAACCACUUAUAAGAUAUUUUCAAACACAAAGCAUGAUAACUCCAAUGCUCAUAACCUCUUUUGCCAUACUUUGUUUCCACAUACCUUUAUCUUGGGUUUUAGUAUUCAAAUUUGGAUUGGGAAAUCUUGGAGGAGCAUUGGGUAUUAGUAUUUCGUAUUGGUUAAACGCUAUUAUAUUCGGUUUCUACAUUAAGUUUUCUCCUUCAUGUGAGAAAACUCGAACUUCGAUUUCUAUAGAGAUUUUUCAUGGGAUUAGGGAGUUCUUUCGGUUGGCUAUCCCUUCUGCAGUUAUGUCAUGUCUAGAAUGGUGGUCAUUUGAGUUGCUUAUUCUAAUGUCUGGAAUUCUACCAAAUCCACAGCUUGAAACUUCAGUUCUUUCUAUAUGCUUACAAACCAUCUCAACAUUAUAUGCAAUUCCUUUUGGAGUUGGUGCUGCAGCAAGUACAAGAGUUGCAAAUGAACUAGGAGCCGGGAACCCACAAGGAGCUCGUAUUGCAACCUUUGCUGCAAUGUUUAUAGCCAUAGUAGAGACGAGCAUAGUAACCACAACACUUUUUAUGUGUCGAGAUGUUUUCGGUUACACUUUUAGUAAUGAGAAAGAAGUUGUGAGUUAUGUCACAGAAAUGGCUCCUUUACUUUGUUUAUCUGUUGUACUAGACAGCAUGCAAGGAAACCUAUCAGGUAUUGCUAGAGGAUGUGGGUGGCAACACAUAGGGGCAUUCAUAAAUCUUGGUGCAUUUUAUCUGUGUGGAAUUCCAAUAGGUGUCAUUUUGGGUUUUUGGGCAAAUUUGAGAGGAAAAGGGCUUUGGAUUGGUAUACAAAUUGGUUCAUUUGUGCAAAUCAUUUUGCUUUCUUUUGUUACUGGUUGUACAAAUUGGGAAAAACAGGCAAGUAUGGCAAAGGAGAGAUUAUUUGGUGAUACAUCAAAAAAUGGACUAGAGGACUAGAAAUAUAUUUAUAUAUAUUAAAAUUUAUUGUUAAUUUUGAGAAGAAAAAAGAAAUUAAUGACAUUUUAUUUCUUUUAUAGGGAUUAUUUUAUAAAUACAAAAAAUAACAAUAAAAAAUUAAAAAAAAUACAGUUGUACGAAAUUUUAAACAUUUUUACGAUUUUUAUGAUUUUAUUUACAAAA